GAAAAAGGAAACUCUUUUUAAAUAAGGAUGAAUUUAUUAAAUUCAAAUAUAAUUUCAAAUGAUAUAAAUUUAUCGAAAUAUUUUAAUCGAACGAAUACAAUUUUAGGAAGCGGUACAUUAUCCUCAAAUUAUAAUAAUCAUUUAAAUAAAACAAUUAAACGUGUAACAUUGAAAAUUGAUGUAUCGCAUACAAAUCAUAGUCAUAUAAUUGGUCGUUAUGGAUGGAAUAUUAAGACAAUCAUGAUGAGUACACAAUGUCGCAUACAUUUUCCAGAUUCAAAUCGUAAUAGUUCAAUAAUUAAAAGUAAUCAAGUUUCAAUAACUGGUCAGUUGGAGAAUGUGGAGAAGGCUAGAAGAAUAAUUCGAGAUUUCCUUCCAAUUACAUUUACAUUCGAAAUACCUUAUUUAAACAAUGAAAAUUUACUUAUCAAUCAGAAUUCAUUGGUUAUUCAACAAAUUCAAAAUGUUUAUGGUGUUGAAAUAACAUUUCGUAAUCAUUAUACAUUAACACCGUAUCGUAAGACAACUGUUAGUGUUAAAGGAUUAACUAGCAAUGCAAAAAAGAGUAAAACUGUUGUACAUAUGUUAAUUAAGAAAUACUAUGCUCAGAAUAUGGAUUUUAUCCCAGUCAAUAUGUAUAUUAACAUGGAUACAAAACAUUCAUUCAUGUUAUGUAAUCAAAUUUCAUCUAAAAAUUUAAUCAAAUUAAUUCAUGAAACAACUGGUGCAAAUGUGAAUUUUGUUUCUUCUAUUCAUUCAAUUACAAAUUCUUCUUGUUCAUCAUCAUCAUCAUCAUUAUUAUUCAAUAAACAAUUAAAUUCUAUUGAUUAUUUUUCUAAUUAUUUAAAUAAAAAUGAAAAUUUAAAUUUUUAUAAAUUAAAUUUAAAUAAUCAUUUAUUAAAUCAAUCAAUGAAUAAAAAAUUAAAUCUUAUUCAUAUAUAUGGCAAUGUUGAUAAUGUAUUUUUAGCUAGACAAUUAAUAACGAAUUUAUUACCUGUUGUAUUAAUAUUCGAUGUGGACAUAAUACAAGGUGAAUGGCUUGAAAAUUUCAAUUUUACUAAUUUAUGUCAAUAUUAUGAAGUGAAUUUAACUAUUCGAAAUAAACCAAAAGAUUUAGUCAAGUCUGUUGUAAUCAAAACGACAGAGAAAAAUAUUCGUUCACUUUAUGUAAUGUGGGAAUUAAUACAAGAUUUACUUUUACAAUUUACAAACAACAAAAUAUGUGAAAUCAAUAAUUCUAGUUGUUUAAACUCAUCGGCUUUCCGAAUUCAAACGCAAAGAUCAUGGUCGGACGACAUUCUUAAACCGAAUGAAGAAUCUACAAAAAUUCUAUCUUCUAAAAAUAAAAAACAUAAAUAAAGCCAAUACUAUAUGCAUGCUUCAUUGUAAUAAAUCCAGGAGGAAAAUACUUGGUAACAAAGAAGGCAAUAAACUAAGUAGAGAAGAGAUACUAUUAAAAUACACAUCAUUUUCAACAAGUGUAUCACCAAGCCCAUUGACAUCGUUUUCAUUAUUUCAUCAUGAUCCAAUGAAUCUAGUAAAUAGAAAUAACGAUUUACGUUUGAUGAGUUAUGAAUCAAAUUCAAAACUUUUACCAACGUUCGAACACAAUGGUGAAUGGAAUAAAUGUGGGGAUUUUGAAGAAAACAUUAAUUUUUACGCACAGAAAAAAUUCAUUGAAGAAAGUAAUGGAAACUCUUAAAAAACAAGUUUAAAGGUUUACUAUUGGUGUUUAUGUUGUUUUGAUGUGGAAGACAAAGCGACAGUUUCGAUAGUUCUUUUGUUUUCUGGAUAAAAAGAUUUUUAAAAAAAAUACUACAUAGCAUUUAUUAUUAAUUAUUCAAUUAGACAAUAUUUUUAUCAUUUUACAUACAAAUUGAUUAUUUCACUCUAAAAAGUGUUUUAAUGUUGAUGUGGACAAUAUUAUUAUUAUUAUUACACAUAAUGAUAGUAGAAAACAAGUGGAUACAACUAACGAAUCAUAAUGUUAAACGAUAUGUUAUUUUAUUUCUUUCAUAGACAAGAGGUAACUUUUGUUCUAAAAUCGAGAAUUAAGAAAUCCUUUAUUUACCUUCUUCAUUUCAAUAAUAUUCAGCACUGUACACUAUGUUUCAGCAAUAAAUUAAAAGAAUUAUUGCUUAAGUUAAAUACCUAAUUACCAUAAAGGUUGACAAGUAAUAUAUAUUUUCCUUUAUCUACGUAUAAACUCAUAGUAAUGAUAAUAAUGACAACGUAUAAUCGAAGACUAACUUCAGUCUAUUAAUGAUGGUUCUGCUGCGAUUGAUUUUUUUUUACAAAAAAAACAGUAAGUGAGGUACAGAAAGAGAGGGAGAGAGCAAAAGAAACACACAAAAAAUUGUGAACAUAGAUACUAUCACGUCUUUUUCAAAUCAAUAUCAGUAAUAAUAGUGAAUACAUUUGUUAAUUGAUUUAUUCUAUUCACAUUAUUUUAUAACAUAAAAAUUAUUCCC